CCUCGACAGCUUGGGGUGAAAGUGCACUGCUAGAAAUCGGACCCAGGGUGUUUGGGGCUUGGUUUCUCCCGGGUGGGAGAGGAAGAGUGAGAGGCACGGGUGGAAGGCGCUCCCACUGCAGAAUGAGUUGGGGGACAGCGUGACCAGAUUGGCCUUUGCUUAGGCUUUUCCUGCCGGGCUCUGCCGCACAGAAUUCGUCUGUUUGUGCCUCUCCGCUAGCAUCUGGAACUAUGCCUCCUCUUCUGGAACACAGGAGGCGAAGGGCUGGCACGCAGACGGUGCCAGGGCCUGUCCACAUGGGAGUAGUACGCGUCUGACAGGUGACACGAGCCGUGGAGCACGCGAGCUGCUGUACCAAGCAAAAGAGCGACAGCCGCGGCCUUGAGCGCGCAGAUGAAAUUAUGCAGCAGGAAGUCAGGCCCUUGGUGGCAGCGGAUAUAAUAGAACAACUUCACAGACAAUUUGCCAUUCUUUCAGGAGGCCGAGGUAAGGACGGCGCCCCCAUCAUCACUUUCCCGGAGUUUGUGGGCUUCAAACGCAUCCCGGAGGAGGACUUCCUGAAUGUGCUUACCUACCUGACUAGCAUCCCCAGUGUGGAGGCUGCCAGCAUUGGAUUUGUCAUCGUCAUCGACAGACGAAGGGACAAGUGGAGCUCCAUAAAGGCAUCCUUGAUGCGAAUAGCUGUGGCAUUUCCGGGAAACCUGCAGCUCAUUUUCAUUCUCCGUCCGACUCGUUUCCUCCAGAGGACGUUCAUGGACCUUGGCAUCAAGCACUAUCGAGAUGAAUUCAGAAUGAAGGUGCCGAUCAUCAUGUUAAACUCUGUUUCCGACCUUCACAGCUACAUUGACAAAAGCCAGCUGACUCAGGAGCUAGGGGGAACUUUGGAAUACCGCCACAGCCAGUGGCUAAAUCAUCGCACUGCCGUAGAAAAUUUUGCGUUGACGUUGAAGACCACUGCGCAGAUGCUGCAGACAUUUGGGGCCUGCCUGGCCAUGACAGAACUGCCCAAAGGCAUGCUGUCCACCGAAGACCUCCUCAUGUCCCACACCCAGCAGCAGGACAAGGUGCAGGGUGAGCUGAAAUUACUUGGAAAGCAAGGGGCCACAUUGCUAUCUUGUGUCCAAGACCCAGCAACCAAAAAUUUCCCCAGCAAACUCAAUCCCAGUGAACUUGAGAAUAUAGCUACCAUGGAAAGGUUAUUAGUUCAAUUGGGAGAAACAGAAAAAGCCUUCAAUCAGUUUUGGUUUGAGCAUCACCUGAAGCUUAACCAGUGCCUACAACUACAGCGCUUUGAGCACAAUUUUUGCAAGGCGAAGCUUGCCCUGGAUCAUCUGCUGGAAGAGCAAGCAGAGUUCACAGCCAUUGGAGACAGCGUGGUCCACGUGGAGCAGCUUCUUAAGGAACACAGACACCUGGAGGAAAAAGGCCAGGAGCCCUUGGAGAAAGCGCAGCUGCUCACACUGGCCGGGGACCAGCUCGUCCACAGCCACCAUUACGCGGCGGACUCCAUCAGGCCCAAGUGUGCGGAGCUCAGGCACCUCUGCGACGACUUCGUCAAUGAAAACAAGAAAAAAUACGACAUUUUAGGGAAGUCCUUGGAACUGCAUAGACAGCUGGACAAGGUCAGCCAGUGGUGUGAAGCAGGAAUCUACCUCUUGGCUUCCCAAGCUGUGGACAAGUGCCAGUCUCGAGAGGGGAUCGAUGUUGCCUUGAAUGACAUCAAGACAUUCCUGGGCACUGCCAAGGAGCACCAGUUGCUCAGCCCCAAGGAGUUUUACAACCAGUUUGAGCUGAUACUCACACUUGAUGUAAAGGCCAAAGCCCAGAGAGUCCUGCAGAAGCUCGCUGAUGUGCAGGAAAUAUUUCACAAGAGACAAGAAAGCCUGAUGAAACUGGCCGCCAAACAGACCCGCCCAGUGCAGCCCGUGGCCCCCCAUCCCGAGUCCUCCCCAAAAUGGGCGUCCCCGAGACCCAGCCAGCCCUCCGCCUUGGCCCCUCCUCAAAGAUCAGCUGAGGAACCUCAUGUGGAGACAGAUUUGACCGCCCCGGAAAAGGAAGACGAUGAGAUGAAAGUUGAAGUCAAGAAUGAAGAAACACGUGAAAGGAGUCAGAAUAAUGGGGGAAGCUCUGAGCUGCAGCAGCUGGGCGGAGAAGACCUGUCCCCGUCCCCCGGCAGGCGCAUUGUACGUGAUUUGCUUGAGACCGAAGAGACUUAUAUAAAAGAGAUGAAGAGCAUAAUCGAUGGCUACAUCACUCCGAUGGAUUUUAUUUGGCUAAAGCACCUGAUUCCAGAUGUUUUGCAGAAUAACAAGGACUUUCUUUUUGGGAACAUUAAAGAACUUUACGAAUUUCACAACAGGACUUUUCUAAAAGAAUUGGAAAAGUGUGCGGAAAACCCUGAACUUCUGGCAUGUUGUUUUCUCAAGAGAAAAGAAGACCUCCAAAUGUACUUUAAAUACCAUAAGAACCUGCCGCGCGCCAGGGCGGUCUGGCAAGAAUGUCAGGACUGCGCCUACUUCGGGGUGUGCCAGCGCCAACUGGACCACAGCUUCCCUCUUUUUAAGUAUCUUAAAGGACCGAGCCAGAGACUGAGAAAAUACCAGACGCUGCUGAAGGGUCUGCUGGAUCUGGAGUCUCCUGAAGAUGUGGAGGUGGACCUAGGUGACCCAGAAGGAAGCUCAACAAAGGGUAUGCCAAAGAAGACCAAGGAUUCCACAUUCUCAGCCAAACUCCAACAAGCUUUGGCAGUGAUAGAGGAUCUGAUCAAGUCUUGCGAGUUGGCUGCGGACCUCGCUGCGGUAUCUGGAUGUCCGGGUGAUAUCGAAAAGCUGGGCAAGCUGUUGAUGGACAGCCCGUUCAGCGUCUGGACGAUUCACAGGGAGCGUCACAAAGUGAAGGAUUUGAUUAGAUUUAAGCCCAGCCAAAGGCAGAUCUACCUGUUCGAACGGGGAAUCGUGUUCUGUAAGAUUCGAAUGGAGCCUGGUGACCAAGGGCUAUCUCCUCGCUACAGCUUUAAGAAGUGCCUGAAGCUGGUGACACUUUCAAUUCACCAUCUUGGAAGGGGGAGCAAUAAGAAGUUUGAAAUUGCCAACCAAAACGGACUAGAGAAAUACAUCCUGCAGGCGCCUUCAAAAGAAAUCAGAGAUUGCUGGUUUUCAGAAAUAAGUAAAUUAUUGGUGGAACAACAAAACAAUAUUAAAGACGGAGAAAAUCUACAGUUUGAAGCAUCUAAUGGCGCAGGCAGCGGAGAGGAAUGUGCUCCCUGGACUGCGAGUAUGGAAAGAGCUACCAGCAAGGAAGACCCAGGGUCCAGCACACAUGGGAUUAAAGGUGGCCACAGCCCCGAGGUCAUUUCUGUGGCAGCCCGGGAAGGCGGCGACGGCGCAGAAGACCUGGAAAGGGACAGCAGUGCACUGAGCCUCUCAGGACUUUUCCAGUUGGAUGACAGCUGUGAGACGGGGCGCUCCGGAGCUGUGCUCCUAGAGACAGGGAGAGAAAGCACCGAGGGGGGAAGAGAACGUGAUGACGAAAGGGCACUGAGCAGCCUGGAGGAGGAGCAUGCAGGCAUCCAGCCACCCACAGUGCCAGCGAGGACUGCGGGUCCCAGCGUCCCUUCUCCAGAGAACUAACCAUUGUCACAACCAUCACCCCAGGCUGGCCAGGCCUCCACGCCAUCCACCUAGGGAGAGAGAGGCUGCAGGGGCACCGCCAUCAUGCUCUCAUUCCUCAAGAAGAAAGCAGCCCACAGCUCGGCCGUGGAUGUGCACCCCUAGCAGAGGUCCCAAGGAGCCCCCAGUAUAUACUCAAAGACUUAGGGCUCCUGACUUUAGGGCUCAGAUAUGUCAUUGAAGGGGCUGCACCCUGCAAUGUCAGAUGACAGGCAGCACCCCCCACGAGAUAUCAGUAACACACCAUGCCAUGCCGUGUUCCCACCCCAAACUGUGACAAUCAAAAAAUGCCUUCAACAUUGCCAAAGUCCCUUGCGCUGGGCUGGGACCCGCUUGGAGGAGCAGCUGGGUGUGACUGCUCCUCUCCCUGAGAGAACGCAGAUCUGCUCUGUGUUCGCCAUGGCAGCUUGGGAUGUUGGCAUAUAGCUGUGUAAGUUUUAAAAUUUGUUUUAGUUAUUUUCAGUUAGUUUUUGUUUUAGUUUCAUUAAUUUUCACUUAUAUUGGAGUUUCUAGUUAUCUCAUUUUAUACCUUUAGUUACUUUUUAAAAAUAUUUUAUUUUCGUUAGUGUUUGGCUUUCAUUUUUCAGUCAUUUAAAGUUAUUUUGUUUGAAGAGUCACAGAUGUCAAAUUAAUUAGCUUAUAACGACUUAUUUUUAAUGAUGUAUCUUUAUCAUUAUUAAUGUCUGAGUUUUUGUUAAUGGAGUUGUUGAGUUACUUAUUUUUACAGCUACUUCACUGAAACUCAUUGAAAGAUUUUGAGUUGCUUCACUUUCAGACAUUGUGUUUCUUUUUUUUUUUUUUUUUUUCUGGUACCGGGAAUCGAACUCCUGACCUUGCACUUGCCAGGCAGGUGCUUUUGCCACUGAGCUAAAUCCCCAGCACCCCCAGACAUUCUGUUUCUGAAUUUGUUAUGCUCAGCAUCUGAAACAGUUCAUUCUUUUCAUUCCUCGCCGUCACUUAGUUAUGGCUUUUCAGUUAUGUCUUUGCCAUUGAAAUAGAUUCUCCUCUUUAUUUUUACCUAAUUCAUUCAGAUUUAUUUUCAAAGCUAUUUAGAAUUAGAAUUACCUAGUAUAUCAACCAGUUUAAUGGAGAGAGAGAGAGAGAGAUGGACAGACAGACAGACAGACAGACGGUAGGUUACUUAUGUUAACAGACAGAAUUCAGUAGGGAGACUGGUACUCCAGCUGUCGGCGGUCGGAAAGCUCAAGGACAAGAACUGAGACUGACUGGGGGUGGUGGAGAUUUUGACUGCAGGAAGCAGCCACCGUUCCAGAGGCAAGGUGACAAUGGGCAGAGGCCGGGAUUCUCCAAACUCCGACACCUGGGGCGGUGAUGGCCGUGCCUGGGGUCCGGCUCUGGGUUCUGGGCUCCAAGGAGGCCAGGGUCUGGGGGGAGCACGACAGGGUGGUGACAGGAGAGCUGGAGCCACCGUGACCUUCUGGGUGGACACCUUCAGAGGAGCCUGGCAGGAGCCCCGGGGCCACCUGUGUCCCUUCUCGCCCUCCGGCCUCCACAGAGCAGACGGAGGAGCCAGAGAAGUUCUGGGCUCCCUCGCCAGCACUCCCAGCCCAGGUCCAGAGUCAGUUUUGAUUUACUCCUGGGAAUUUUUAGUGGUGGUUUGACUCACUUUCCCCUGGCUGUGGCCCAGGCUUCAGUCCUGGUUGUUCCUGGAGCUGCGAAGCCCAGCAGACCCCUGAGAGGACGCUCCUCCUUCCCCAUGUGAUGCGAGGAAGCCGCUUUAGAACGCAAGAAAACAGAGACAGUCCGUCCCGCUGGGUUCACAACAGAAGGGCAGAGGUCAAAAAGGGACGGAAGUUCAGGGACAGGUGUCCGGGGAGGCGCCACAGAACAUCUGUCCCGCGUCCAGAGCGAGCCUGUGCUGCAGACCAGCCUCUCCCACCUCCCUUGCUACAACACGGUCUUCUUGAUAAUGUGUGUUUGAAGUGUGAAGACUCUUUGCACAACAAAAUAAAGUUCUUCCCACAUCUAUAGUCUGUA